GUCCAUGGGCGGCGGUAAUCGCUUACCAUCAGGUGAUCCGUCUACUCGAUUGCCUCCUCUACCAUAAAAAAAAAUUGUCUAGUUUGCAUUCCUUAGUUUCGAACCAUCUAAUCAAUGGCACGUCUACUGUGCUUCGGCCUUCUGGCACUCUUAGCUGCCCCAUUCCUUGGGUUUAUAUACGUUUUGUUCCUGAAAAGUCCACCUCCGCUGCCCGCCAUCGACGUCCAAGCAUGGUGGGGACCGAAAGAGCUCCAGGCUAAGCAGGAUACCAGCGUCAGAUCUUUUAAAGUGCAGUUCUCUGCUCCGAUGAUCCAUGACCUUAAAGAGCGCUUAAAGAACCAUCGCAAGUGGACCCCUCCGCUAGAGAACAUCGGCUUCCAAUACGGCUUCAACAGCAAGCAGCUGGACAGCUGGGUUACGUACUGGGCUGAGAAAUAUAACUUCCAGGAGAGGGAGAAGUUCUUCAACAAGUUCCCGCAGUUCAAGACUAAUAUCCAAGGGCUGGAUAUUCACUUCAUCAGGGUUAAGCCGGAGGUCCCAGCAGGAGUGGAAGUGGUCCCCAUGCUCUUCUUGCACGGGUGGCCAGGGUCAGUCAGGGAGUUCUACGAGGCACUGCCUCUCCUGACCGCCGUCAGCAAGGACCGGGACUUCGCCAUUGAGGCUAUCGUGCCCAGUCUGCCAGGAUAUGGGUUCUCUGAUGCUGCUGUCCGUCCAGGUCUCGGAGCCGCGGAGAUCUCAGUUGUGAUGCGUAACCUGAUGCACCGGCUUGGCUUCAAGAAGUUCUACGUUCAGGGUGGAGAUUGGGGCAGCCUCAUUGCUAGCGUCAUGGCUACGCUGUUCCCUGAUGAAAUCCUCGGCUACCACACCAACAUGGGCGCCACCAUGUCCACUAAGGCUAACAUCCUGAACGCACUUGGCGCAGUUCUGCCUUCAUUCGUGGUGGAGUCACACUUGGCUGACCGCAUGUACCCUCUCACCACGAACUUCGCUCGGCUGAUAGAGGAAACCGGUUACAUGCAUAUACAGGCCACCAAGCCUGAUACUAUAGGUGUAGCCAUCUCCGACUCCCCCGUCGGCCUCCUCGCCUACAUUCUAGAGAAGUUCUCGACCUGGACCAAGAACGAGUACAAGCAGCUGCCCGACGGCGGCCUCGACAAGCACUGGAGCAAAGACCAGCUGCUCGACAACCUUAUGUGCUACUGGGCCACCAACUCCUUCACCACGUCUGUGAGAUUGUACUCUGAGAGUUUCAACAAGAGACAUUUCGCAUUACAGUUGGAUGAGAUUCCAACUCCAGUGCCAACCUGGGUGAUCCAAGCGAAAAACGAACUCGCUUUCCUAUCCGCCAGGAUCCUUCGUACCAAGUUCCCCAACCUGGUGCACGCCAACGCCAUCGACGACGGUGGACACUUCCUCGCCUUCGAGCUGCCGAAGGUCUUCUCUGAGGAUGUGUUGACGGCUGUGACUGCUUUUAGGAAGCUGAAGAAGGAAGCUAAGAAGACUGAGCUGUAGUGAUAUUAGGGAACAUGUUUAGAAGAAUAGUAGAUUAUUGAAGUGAUUUUAGAACAAAAUGAUGGUGAGGAUUGAAGGAUACUAAGGCCACACUAGCGUCUACGUUGGCGUCUACUUAAGAGGAAAUAUUAGUGGUCGUUUUUUCAUACGAACGUUUUUGACAUUUUCCGCUCUGGAUUUUGGCCCUAGAUGAGUUUUUUUUUAUGAGUUCAAUCUUACUAGUAUCUACAUUUUGUUUUUAUAACUAAUUAGGUAACUUUAAAAAGCGUUAAAUGCGCCGUAAACAGACGCCUAGCAUACAGAAUCAGCAAUAAUAAACGCAAAAAUCGGUGGGACAUAUAUAGUUUCUUUCUCAUUCCGUUUCCAAAAUUUCGUUACGAUCGGUUAAGUUUUGGAGGAUUAAAAAUGUUGAGAACGAAACCUUCUUCUGAGAUUUUUUACGACGUAUUUUUCGCCUAAGCUGUAGUUGAAAGAUACUAGAUAUGAACUGGCCUUACAUCGUUGUUUAAGUAUAAGAAUAUGUUUGUUACAUUUGUUUUGCGAGUUUAUGGAAAGGUUUUUAUAUUAUUAUAUUUUUGUAAUAAAGUGUUAAAUGUU